CAACCUUACUACCUGCCUGUCAUAUCCUUCACAGUCAACAACAUCGCUAUGGGCUGCCUGAAAGACACGGCUACCAACUUGAAGAACAACCAAGGAUUCGCCAUGAACAUCAUCAGCGAGGCAUUCGUCAAGAAUGCAAAUGCGACUGUCGUAGAUGCUCCUCCCGAGUUUGACGAGUGGGCUCUCAGCAGUCUGACAAAGGGGAAAUGCGUACGUGUUACCUAACAGGUGCCUGUCAAGAGUGACGAGUCAUUGCAAAGUGGGUGGUCUAGAAUCUAUACAGUCUGAAUGACGUUGUCUCGUACAAUAUGUACAGUAUAUUACUAGGACUCACUGCUGCCGCACCCACUACCGCAUCCAGCAACACGACCAAUACGUCCUCUAAAUUCAGCCUCUCAAAAGCAUGUCUGAGAGGCGCAUAG